UUCUGAAAAUUAUUUAGUUUUGUGACACAUUCUAAAAACAAAACAUUUUAUAUUUAGAUGUCCAACUACAGCAGUAGAAGUCUCCUUAUCCUUAAAUUAAGUAAGCAACGAAUAGUACAGCAAGAUAAUAAAGAAAACGAUAACAAUCAAUGGAAAGUUAUUGCGAGACAAGAAAAUGUUGAUAAAAGUUCAAUCAUUUUCAAAGAAAUUGAUCCUACUAGUAAUCAGCAAAUCUCAGCCGUUGUCUUAGACAAUGACCCUCAACCUAUAGAUAAUACAGCAAAAUCUUUUGAAGUUUUAGAAGUCCAACCACCAACAGAUUUUGAUUUUCAAAAUAAGCAAGGUAGUUCUGAAACAAUUGAUGAAAGUGCGGAUGAAGGUGAUCAGUCUAUAGCAGAUCCAUAUAGUACAGAUGAUAGCAAUGCCGACCCCGAUUUCAGCGAUACAGCAUCCUCAACUUCAAGCAAUGACAGCACAACUUUAAACGACAAACCAAGCACUUCUCGCAGCAAAAAUAAGGAAGCUUGUGAUAUCCAAAUUAAGAAAAGUAAUAAACGUUAGACAAGAAGAAAAGAAAGGCAAGAAACGAAUACCCAAUCCUGAAAAAUGGAUAAAAAACCGCGCAAAGAAGUUAAGAAACAUGGGAGAGUCCUAUUCGUCAGUUUCGAAAGGAAAGAAGGUUAUUGCAGCCCGAACUUUGCUACCUUCAUGCACCGAUAAGUGUAAAUUAAAAUGUUACAACAAUUUCACUGAAGGAGAACGUAAGCAAAUAUUCGACGAUUAUUGGAGGCUAGCUGAUUUGGAGAAACAACGCCAUUUUAUAUCCGCUAGUAUGACAACAGUCACUCCCAAAUACAGAUACGUCAAAGAAAAUAGCCAGAGACGUCCGAAUAAUGCCUUUCAUUUCGAGAUAAAAGAUAAGAAAAUUCACGUAUGUAAGGCCUUCUUUAAAGCCACCUUAUGCAUUACCGAUAGACCCAUAAGGACCGUCAUUGGGAAAAGAAAUAUUUUCACUGGACAAAUGUUGUCCUCCGAUUUGCGAGGGAAGCAUGGACGGCACUUUAAAGUAGAUGAUGACAUAAAAAAUGGUAUUAGACAACACAUAAUGAAAAUUCCGCGGAUCGAAAGCCACUAUUGUCGCAACC